CAUCCCCUCUUACUUCCCCUCCCCAUUAUGCAGAGGCGGGCGGUUCUGGAGCUCUCUCGCCGCCAUGGUGUCGACUGGUCUUGCGCAACCCGACGCAGAGAGACAGCUUUCGCGCCGGCGCUAACCUACGUCCCCCGGCGUGGUUUUCGAUCAUCUCUAGUAGCUCUCGACUCCUCCGACUCGUCUUCCUCGGCCGGUACAGGUGGCAAUGGGACCGGCUUCGGCUCUACGCCGAAAUUUGCUUCCCGUUGGGGUAGCAAAUCCCAGAGACCGGCAGGUUUGAGUCCCGCUGAGCAGGCCAUGCGCGAUGCUCUAGUGGAGAAGGGUAAAAUAGAAAGUCAGCAGCGAGACCUAGUUCUACAACGAAAAGAGCAGGAGAAGCAGCAGCAGCAGCAGCAACAACAACAAAGAUUUCAACAACUACAACGGGGACUCGCCCACCGCCCGAAUAGCUCGCACCAUCAACAUCACCAACGUCACCCGGAAGGGCAUCACCGUCAUCGUUCCGGGUCGCCGGCGGAUGGCACGAGGGUAUCCAGAUGGCAGAACGACAGACGCUCAUCACCCAAUCAACACCGAACCGAGGGUCUUGAACCUGAUAGAAGCUUGGAAAUAAACGCUGGAUCACCGCCGGAGCACCUUCGAACAGUCGAUUGGAGAUGUCCAGACUGCCAGUUUUUUUGUUAUGGGAGACAUUUGUUGUGUCCGCGCUGCAGAUUUAUCAGACCAGAUCUAAACACGCCUCCGCCGAGACAGGAGCCUCAGUUGAAUUCGAAAAUUCGGAAGAUUGAGUCGGAGGAGACGUAUGGCAGCGAAGAGAGCAGAUUUGGCCUUAGCGAGAGGAAUAAUGCCUUUAGGAAGGCGACGGCCAACCGCGGCCAAUUCACUGGCCCUCGGUUCGUUUAUGAUUACAAUAUCGAGGCCGCAGAGCAAGAAUCGCAGCGGGCGUCUGAAAUGAACGAGAAACCCCGUCGACAAAAACAUCAGCCGAAACCGGAGAGCCAAAUUGGAGAGAAGGAAGAUCCCUGGUCAUGGAGCUUUUCGUCGCGGAGUUUUGACACGUCUGCUGACAACGCUGAGCAAGGGAAGACGUCGAGAAUUCGAGACGGCCGGAGGCAACGACAGUCGUAUGCGGAGGAAGAGGAGUAUGACGAGGAUGAACAAACUCGUCGCCGCGAAGAGCGCAAACAGAAGAAGAGACAGAAAGCGAAGCACAAGGAGGUCGAAACGGCCCCAGUCCCGCUUUAUCUCCCAGAGUUCAUUAGCGUCAGCAACCUUGCCGAUGUCAUCGGUGUGCGUCCGACCCAGUUCGUUCAGCGGAUGGAGGAAAUGGGGUUCGAAGAUGUCUCAUAUAGCCACGUUCUCGACGCCGAAACCGCAGGGCUGGUUGCCACCGAGUUUAACUUUGAACCCGUCUUCGACACUGGCGCCGAAGACGAUUUGACUUCUGCACCCGAGCCCGAGGACAAGACGCUUCUGCCGCCCCGGCCACCCGUCGUGACCAUCAUGGGCCAUGUCGACCACGGUAAAACGACCAUUCUCGACUGGCUUCGCAAGUCGUCCGUGGCUGCGUCGGAACAUGGAGGUAUUACGCAACACAUCGGCGCUUUCUCCGUGGCCAUGCCUUCCGGAAAGGCAAUCACCUUCUUGGAUACGCCCGGUCACGCCGCCUUCCUGGAAAUGCGCCGUCGCGGUGCCGACGUGACCGACAUCGUCGUGCUCGUUGUCGCGGCCGAUGAUAGCGUGAAGCCUCAGACGAUUGAGGCCAUCAAGCACGCGACCGGAUCUAACGUGCCCGUCAUUGUUGCCAUCAGCAAGAUCGACAAGCCGAAUCUCGAUCUCGAAAAGGUGAAGCAGGAUCUCUCCAACCACGGCAUCUACGUCGAGGAUUAUGGAGGCGACGUGCAGGCGAUUGGUGUCAGCGGUAAGACCGGCCAAGGAAUGCUGGAGCUCGAGGAGGCCAUUGUCACACUAUCGGAGGUUCUUGACCACCGGGCGGAUGUCCAGGGCAAUGCUGAAGGGUGGGUCAUCGAAGCCACGACGAAGAGCUACGGACGUGUAGCUACGGCACUUAUCAGACGGGGUACACUCCGAACGGGCGACAUCAUCGUCGCAGGAGACACCUGGGCACGGGUGCGUACUCUCCGAAAUGAAGCCGGCGUGACGAUCCCCGAGGCUACUCCCGGAAUGCCCGUGGAGAUCGAUGGCUGGAGAGAACAACCGUCCGCUGGCAGUGAGAUCCUGCAAGCCUCGGACGAACAGCACGCCAAGGAUGUGGUCGAAUAUCGGCUGGAGAGAGCCGAGACUGCCAAAUUGGGUGAAGACACGGCGGCCAUCAACGAGGCCCGUCGGGAGACGAUGCAAAAACGCCGAUGGGAAGCAUCCCAGGACGGACCUACCGGCGCUGACCAGGACAAAUCCGGACCCCAAGCGGUGAAUUUCAUUAUCAAGGCCGAUGUUGGCGGGUCGGCGGAAGCCGUGAUGAAUUCGGUCACGGCGAUCGGGAACAACGAAGUGUAUGCCAACGUGCUCCGUUCUGGGGUUGGACCCGUCGGAGAGUUUGAUAUCGAACACGCGGCGGCGGCCAAUGGUCACCUCAUCUCCUUCAACAUGCCUAUUGACCCGGCCAUGAUUCGGAUGGCGGAAAUGCGCGGGUUGAGGAUCAUGGACUCCAACAUCAUCUACAAGCUCAUCGACGAUGUCAAGGCGAUCCUGAGCGAGAAGUUGCCUCCGUCGGUGACCACUCGCGUCACCGGAGAGGCGGAGAUUGGGCAGAUCUUCGAGAUCACCGUCAAGAGCAAGGUGAAGAUGUCCAUCGCUGGUUGCAAGGUUCGAAACGGGGUGAUCAACCGGGCGCGGAAGGUUCGCGUGAUGAGAGGCCAGGAGGUUAUCUACGAUGGCAUGAUCAACUCUCUCAAGAACGUCAAAAAGGACGUGACGGAGAUGCGCAAGGACACCGAGUGCGGCAUCGGGUUUGAAAACUGGACGGACUUUGCCGUGGGCGACCACAUCCAGUGCUACGAGGAGAUCUUCGAGAAGCGAUAUCUCUAAUCUGCCUUGGUGGUAAUCUCCUGCUCCCCGUCCCGGGGAUCGGGAGUUGCUGUCAUUCUUGUAACAUAUCUUGGGUCUUUAUUUGCAUUGGGCCUCCGGCGUUUAUCUGACAGCGGGCGGACUCUCAUCUCUGCAUCGCCUUUGUCAUUUCAUGAAACACUUGUAUAAACUGCGGUAUUUGGGAACGGGGGUGUUAGAAGCAAAGGCACGAGGCAGCGCCAAAAAGAAAAGCAAAGAGCGAGAGAUUCAAUGUCUCUCGAUGUAUGUAUGUAACUAUAUGGACUUGAUUUUCCAGGACGACCGUAGACCGCCGCUUUAGUGAGGGCGUUCAGGGGUCUCCGGGAGUAUUUCAUAUCACGCAUCACCGCUC